AUGCAGAUGGACACUGGUAAUGCUGAUAGCCCAUUUGAGGCCGAAGACCAUUUUGACCUCCCAAUCCGACAACUACCACCACCCAUUUAUGGUCAGCCCUUAGGAGCACACUUCGAGCCACAACAUGAGUACCACUCCUAUCCACAACACAAUGAGCCCGAGCCCAAGUUCCCUCUUGAUAUCUACAGUUUGCUUGCUUCAUUGCGCCUCCAGGGCAAUCGGCAUACACCAGUAAUUCGACACAUCGAGGAGCAGCAAGCUCGCGUCAACAACUACAUGGAGGAUCUUAGGUUGUAUAUUGUUGCAUUUAGAAUGCAGUCUAGUUUAAGUUCAUGUAUUUUUGUUCUCUCUUGUCUUCUCAUCUCUACAGGUACCAUAGCACCGAGUCAUAAGUAUUGA